UUUCUUCUUUUUUCCAGAGAAAAAAAGUCACGCAGUGAAGUCCUUUGUACAAGUACAAGUACAUGUACAUGUACCUGACGACGACCUAUAACUUGAGGAAUCGCGGUCUUCCACCUACCACAAUAAACAAAAGAAAAACAAACCCCCAAAGAUCGCCUUCAGUACCAACACCAGAUAGGUAUUUCAUUACCUUGCCGUGGUGUCAACACUCUACCCUCGUGAUCACCCUGCACUUUACCUACCUACUUAAGCAGAGUUCUCUAUUGGUGACUCCUUCCAAUUUCUCACAGCACAGCACGGCACGGCCCCGCCGUGCUGAUGCCCCGCUGCUAAGUGUUUGCUUGGGCCUUCGCGUGCACCUUCCUUAGGGAGUUUGGACAUCUUCAAGAGUCAACAAAAAGGAACAAGAUAUCAUGGUUCCACCGAAAACCCCAAACACGCCGAGGCAGCAGACACUUGAAGCGACCCUAGGUCGGCCAAGAGUGAACACUGUAAUCAGGCGUCCUCGAAACUCUCAGGCCAAUGCAACAUCUCGCCAGCUAAACUCACCAAAUUCAGUUGGUGGUACCACUAUUGGGUCAUUGCCACGACGCCAGCAAAGUCAACUAAACUCACCAAAUUUGGUUGGUGGUACCGCCAUUGGGUCAUCGCCACGACGCCAGCGAGCGUCAUUCCUGCCCAGGUCCCAAGGGAGUUCUGUGGCCCUUGACAAGCCAACUUCCAGCUCAUCUUCCGAGUCUGCAGUCGAAGAUCUCUUCGACGACGGUGAGGGCCAGAAGAGUUUGCCGUCAUUCAGGGCGCCUGCUCCACGCAGCCGGCACAAGUCGGACGCUUCAGUUGCCAGUGGCAGCAACAGCCUUGGCCGGUUGUCAUCUCAGCCACGUCCUAUCGUUAUUGAGGACGACAGUGAUGACAAGCCAUUAGCCCCAGCCCCCUCCUCUACUCGAGGAAAGCUCAAGAGGAAGACAGUCGGAUCUGAGGGUGGUAAGGAGGAUAGGCCAUUGGCCCCAUUCCCCUCAUCCAAUCGACAAAGGUCCGAGAACAAGGCAGGCACAUCCAAGGAUGUUAAUAAGGAUAAGCCAGUGGCCCGAAUCCCCUCCUCUGGUCGAAUCCCCUCCUCUAGCCGACAAACACCUCAGAAGAGGACUGCCACAUCCAAGGAUAGUGACAAGUUAUUGGACCUCCCCCAUCCCUCCGGCCAACGAAAUCCCAAAAAGCGGGCAGUCUCAUCCGAGGAUAGCGACGAGGAUGAUGUCGUCCAGCCAACAAAGAGGAGACGUCUGACCCGAAGGGUAACCUCGAAUGCCGAUACUCCGAGUGCCGAUACUCCGAGUGCCGAUACUUCUAGUGCCAAUGAGAGCAACCAUGAAUCAAGCAGCAAGGAGCCAACGACGCCCCCACAGAGCAAACAGGAGGCAGACUGUCUUUACACGCUUAUGAAGCGUGGAUCUCGGAGAUCUGCUCAGUCUAGCCGAAGUGCUAAUCGGAAGUUCCUGUUGUAUCGCCGCCGACGGGCCGGAGAAGUCAUCAGCGAAGAGGACCUGUCACCACCAUCCGAAGGACACCGCAUAGCUAUGUACGACACAGACUCGGAUCAUCCCGCCCUCGAAGAGUUCGAGGAUGAUGAGGAGGGAGUGCCCGCCAACGAGAGCACAUCGGAGUCGAGGAAUAAUGGCAACCGCGCGGUCCAUCACGGCGAGGACGACGAUAAGAUGGCCGAUUUCAUCGUGGAUGAUGAUGACGGGCCCCUUGGUGCGCCAGCAGAGCUACUGGAGCUGCCGGCGCAGUUUUCGGCCAAGUCACACCGGCCCCUCGAGUAUCAAUUCGCGAAAGCCAUAGAAUGGCUGGUACAUUUGAAAAUCAAUCCUACCUUCCCCCAGAGGAAGCAUGCCGAAUACUUGAUCCCAUGGCGGAAGCUGAACGACGAAUUUCGAGGGCUUGCCCAGUCCAAGUUCAUAUCCUCAUCCUGGGGACCGGAGUUCCGUCUAGCGUUGCUAGCCCGUCCAAGUUUCACGGCUGUUGAGAUGAGCCCCGUAACUAUCGAUGAUUCGAUAACCUGCAAGGCCUGCAACCGCCCUCAUCCCGCACGAUGGGUGGUCAGCUUUCGAGGAGCUCCUUAUCACCAGGAUGCCACCGGCGACCAUUUUCUGGAAGAUGUAGACCAGGGCAGCUGCGGCGAGGACGAGGACGAGGACGAGGAUGAGGGCGACUGCGAUGAGGACGGCAACCUCAUUCCAAUGGAAGAGAAGGAGUGGCACAUGGGCUCGGUCUGCAAAAGCAACGCGGAAACUUCCCACCUGCUGGUGCACUGGAGGCACAACCUGCUGGACUACGUCACGGGAGCCCUCGAGGCGCAGAAGUACAUGCAGCCCGCGAAGCUUGAGAAGCGGAAGAAGAUGACGCCGGACCAGCGUAAAAAGGAAGUCGAACAGAUCAUUAAGGGUUGGUCUACGGGCACAAAAAGCAUCAUGAACGACCUCAUUCUCGAAUUCAAGAAGAACUUGAAGACGGCCCACAACAAAUCCACCACGGGCGGGCGAGAGAGGAGGUGGUGAGCCUUGUGGGGAGGUCUCAACUUUUUGGAGGUUUCUUUUUCUUUUUGAGAACAGGCCAGUCUCGAAUACUUGCUUCAAGAGAUGAGAUCAUGCCUAGAGGUAAUAAUUGUCGUUACUUUUACUGUAGCUUGUUUUACCAAUAUGGGGAAUGUCCCUCGCGACAGUUUGUGUGGUUAGCUGUACACUAAAAUAAAAUAAAAUUGUUUGAGUAACACUGCGGUCCAUCGUGCCAUCUGUUGCAGUAGGAUUGCUCCUUCCAGGGAGGCUGUUGGA